AAAUUAAUAAUGCAUUAUUUAUAUUAGAUGACCGUAUAUGAUGAAGUAACUAAAAAUAUCAGUUUUCUUUUUUUCAAAGAUGGUUCGAUAACUUUGCAUGUUAUAUUACCAGGAUUUGUUCCAGGACAAUGGAUUGAGGCAAUUCUCAAUUUAAAUAAUACCAGUAGUGCUUAUGUGCAAAAAAUUUGCGCUAAAUUACAGCAAUCUCUCGAGUUUCAUGCUUCAUCCAAAAAGAUGACUGUUAUGGAAAUUGUGGCAGCUACGCAAAACAUAGGACCGUUCAAAAAAGACGAUAUUAUUAUACGUUACGUUUACAUAUUCCGUCAAUCUCACUUUCGGAAUUGGAAUUUUGCAAUAUAAUCUAAAAUAUAUUCUACGUAUUGGCCUCCAUAUUUCAAUGUACGUACAUAUUUUUCUAAUAAUGUAUAAUAAUAUAAAUGUAUUGUAAUUAUGUGAUAAUAUUUUAUACAGUCGAUGACUAUUAUAUUUCCACAAAAAUAAAAUAAAUUUGUGUUAAUUAUUAAUACUUUCUACCAGGCAUCGCAAAAUUAUCAGACAAUAUCCAGUCUUAAUUGGAACAAUAUCACUACAAUAUCAGCGCCAGCUUUGAAUUUUUCAUAAACAUCUACCUCAUAGAACAUCAUACCAAUGAUUCCAGAAUCUAGUAUUGCAAAUGCACCUCCAGAUUCAUCAGCAAUAACUGAAUUUCUUGAUAUGUAAAAUUCUGGUAUGUAAAAUAUUCAAUCAACAAAUUUUAA